UAUCUUCAGUAUUCCUGCUGUGAAAGGGACAGACAUGCUUUGGAUUUUAUUUUAGAGCAUGACCUCAGUCUCAUAUUCAGCCCGAAAGAAGAAGUUUGUUAGAGUGUGGCUCUUCUGAUCUGUGUCUUGCAGAAUUCUUUCUAAACAUGCUGGAGAGCUAUCCGAUCCCUUUGUCCAUAGUUACCAGCCUGCUCUUCAUUGUGCUGCUGCUUGCAGUGCUCAUCAGAAACAACGGCCAGGCAGCCAUUCUGUGGAAUGAAAUUGUCCUGCAGAAAAUAACCAAUUUCAUCAUGGCUCAGAGCAAAGAAGAGAGGAUUUUAAACUUCGUGCUGCAGAAUGCAGUCAGAGGAGACCCCCAGAGUGUAGUGGACACCAUAGAUAAGUACUGCUCCCAGAAGGAGUGGGCCAUGAAUGUGGGGGCUGAAAAAGGUUUGAUUCUAGAUAAGAUACUGGAGGAGACAAAGCCAUCAGUCUUGCUGGAGCUGGGAACGUACUGUGGCUAUUCAGCUGUGAGGAUUGCUCGGCUGUUAAAGCCCAGCGCUCGCUUACUGACCAUUGAGUUCAACCCUGACUUUGCUGCUAUUGCCAGACAGAUGAUUGAGUUUGCUGGAGUGCAAGAUAAGGUGAAAAUUCUAGAAGGCCCUUCGCAGACAAUUAUCCCACAGCUGAAGAAAAAGCAUGAAGUGGACACACUGGAUUUCGUCUUUCUCGACCAUUGGAAAGAUAGAUACCUGCCAGACACCAUCCUGCUGCUUGAGCAUGGCUUGCUGAGGAAGGGCUCUGUUAUCCUGGCUGACAACGUCAUUGUCCCUGGGGCUCCAGAGUUCAUUAAGUACAUCCGCAAUAACAGCAGGUUUGAAUGUACCAACUAUCCCUCCCACGUGGAAUACAUGAAAGUGAAGGAUGCCAUGGAAAAGGCCGUGUUUGUGGGAUAAAGGGCAUCACUGGUAUCCAGCUGUUGUUUCAAGUGUUGUAAAUGCAACUGCACAGGUUAACUGUCUGUGCUUUAUGUUUAGCUUUCUGUACUUUUGGGGCUGUAAUUAAAGCAAGCUAUAAUGAAGAAGAUGCGUUUAGAGAAGAGGGAAACCAAGGACUAGCGAACAUGUGCAUAAGUAGGAUAGCCAGCCAAAGAUUAGAUGGAGAGGCCUGUUUUUUUUUCCUCUUUUCAGAUGGCUAUCUGCAUCCAAGAGGAUAUCCAUUCCCUUACGGUGAUCUGCUUCUAGCCAAACAGCAAAACCAAUCUGUUUACUUUGAGUUCAAAUCCUACUAGCCAAGAGUGAAACAGCCUCUCAGCAGUCGCUGUGAUUUUCUGUGUCCUUAAGCCAAAACAGACUAAUCGCUUCUAAGAGAGAGAGAGACAGACAGUUUGCAGGGAAGGAAUAUUUCAGCAGCUCAGAUUUGGCUAAAUAACUGGCAAUGCACUGCAGUGAAGAAUCCAUCAGUUACGUCAUAUACAUUCCUCGCUAGCUACCAGUAAAAAUUCCUUGUGUUCUGUGCUGGAGAAACAAACCAAAACACAGUUUGACAGUAGGAGAGGCAGACAAGAUAAUUAAUGUGAUUGUGGGGGAGGGACCAGGAAGGCUACACGAAAUAAAUGGAUACAAAUAUACAUUUGCGGGGUCCUUUAAACAGACAAGUAGCAUUAAGGGAGCAGCUUCUUUAUAGUGAACUACCAAACUCACAUAAACCACCAAGACCUUGAUUAAAAUGCUGUUUUCCAACCCUUUGCAUUGUACAUAACCAAUGUAAGCUCUUUGGGGACGGGAUAUGCUUCUUACUGUAAACCAAGAGCUGCAUAAAUGUAAGGUACUGGCUGAUGAUUUAUAAUAGGACACAACAGGCUGUGCUUUUCUGGGUGAUUAUUGUACGCCCUGGGUUGUGUUCACAUUACAGUAAAUAUUAAGGAUUAUUAUUAAGGUACAAGGCCAAACCCAAAGUGACUUCAGUCACCCAAAUGGUGCAACAGGCCACUGGCAGGGCACUUCUCAGCAUGUCCCAUUGCUGUCGCACAACUGGGUGAAAUUCAAAAUUUAGAAAUAAAAAUGAAGGGGAAAAAAUGA